AUCAAUUUUGUUGCGACACCUAAUCGACAUCCACGUAGUUCUUUCUAAUCCCAUCGAAGAAAACGAUUUCGAUUUUACGCGAUUCAAUCAACGAUCGAAGCAUAACCUUGAAAAAUGACUGCCAUCUUUGAACGCUACCAAAGGGGAACAUCGUUCACCAACUGGGUCGAGCGCCUCGGGUAUUUUUUCGAGGCCACCGACGUAAUCGAUCCCGAAAUGCAGAAAGCUUACCUAAUCACACUGCUAGAUUCCACCGCGUUCAGCGAGCUGAAGGUAUUGUGUUCGAACAAGGAUCUUAAAUUGGUUACUUAUGAGGAAAUUGUGCAAAGGCUCCAGGACCGGUACGAUCGGAAGGAUUGCGGUUUGAUCCAGCGAUACAAGUUUCACAACCGUGUCCAACUGCCGAAUGAAGCGGUGCAGGAUUUCAUAGAUGCCGUCAAAUUACAGGCUGACCUGUGCAGCUUUGGAAACUUUAAGCAGACGGCGAUCGUUGAUCGAAUAGUGAUCGGAAUUCGCGACAAGGUUCUGCAGCGGCGGCUUCUGUGCGAGGAAGAGCUCACACUAGCGUCAACGGAGAAGAUCAUAGCUACGUGGGAGCUGACAGGGCAGAGUAGGGGUCAAUCGGUUAAGGAGAGGCUUGGAGUGGUUCGAGUUGGAAGAGCAAGUGUGGGCUACGAAGAUCUCACCAAAACCACCAAGAACAAACGGACAAAGGACCAGUCAAAUUCGACCUGUGGCUUCUGCGGUAGGUUGGGACACGCUAGGAAACGGUGCUUCGAGUUGAAAGUUUUGACUGAGGAAGGAAUGAUGGAUGUCCGCGCUGGAAUGCGUACACCGAAGGGAGUCAUCGCCAACAGCACUUCUGAUGAUGUGAAUGAAGCGAACGGAAGCUAUUAUUGGAAACGCGUCCGGAGCGUUGCCAGCGAGUAAUUCGACCGGACGG